AUCACCUGGAUAUGAAUUUGAAAUCUAAAUGGCUCUUCCUUGGAACACUAAUUACCAUCCUCCUUGAAUAUGGUUCCCCAAAGUCAACGGUGGACGAGGGAGAAGAGUUUGGCGCGUUAAAAAUUCAUUCACCUUCCUCUCAUGUCGCUCUUUCGGGAGACUUUACGGUGUUUAUUGUGAAGUCGGAUCAGGUAUUAAAGGGGACAUCGUACACGAAUGAAUUGAAACGGGUAGACGGUGAAAAUAGUGGACAAUUAGAAAAUUUGUCUAACAAAGCUCCUCUAUUGCGAAUAUUGUACCUCCUUGAUGACAUAUCAGAAUUAAUCGGAGAAAUUCAGUUAGAAAAGCUGCCUUCAAAAAACGAGACGAUCUCAAUUGUGAUCCCUUGUGGAUACUUCACCCGUGGUGGUAUCUACGCUCUGCGAUUAGAAUACAAGUACAAAAAUUUGACAGUGCCUGUUGCCUCCAUUUAUCAGACAAGUAAAAUCGUAGAUGUAAAGUGGCCAACGCCGAAGAUUUUUUUACAGUCACAGGUGAUCGCCACUUAUCCAAAUAAUCGUGUUACAACCACUAUAAGAUACGACGAGACGAGUUGUAAUCCGUCAGAAAAUGUUCCUGUAGCUGUCUACAUAUUACAAUUAAUAUAUUGCGGAUCUAGCCUGACUGCCUGCUAUUUACAGAAUAAUACUCAUACACAAAUUCUGUACUACGAAGAAGUAAGAGGUUUCGUUCCACCAAAAACUAUUUUUUUUCGAUGUGAAUUUUUCGGACUGCCCGGAAAUUACGCGGUCCAGUUGAAAGCUUCGAAUGCAAAUCCUACGGCACCAAACACAAGCGUGUAUUUCAAGGUCAAUUGGUCGGAAGAAUUUAAACUGACGGUCCACGCAAGAUCGAUAUAUCCUUGCGAGGGGCCGGGUGGCGUAGCCGUCCUCUUCGAGUAUCCGUCUUGUCGACUGGAAGGUGAUCGUGUUCGCGUUUACGGUCGGCUGAAGGCUGAUGUCACUUCCGUUGCCUCACCUUCCAGUCUUCACUAUAUCACAGAAUCGAGAUCGAUUCCCGGCAAACACUCGUUAACUUUCGACUGUGAUCUCUUCACGGAGAAAUAUGUCGAAUAUUGUUUUAUCUACGUCAGCCAGGCUAUCACCGGUGCUAUGAUGGAUGUCAAGAUAUCUUGUAUACCUACGUUUCCUUUUCAAGAAGGGGAUGCUGCUGGAUGGGGACCGUGGAGUCCAUGGAGUCCAUGCAGCAGUUCAUGUUUCGGAGGGAUACGAAAUCGUUAUCGCUUCUGCGAUACUCCGCCUCCAAAGUAUGGCGCGAAAUUUUGUCAGGGAAAGGCGGUGGAAACGGAAUUCUGCGGGAGAAUAUUUUCGGUCGAUUCCAAUAAAAAUGAAUGGCAUAAUGGAAUCGAUAGCUCGAACUGUCACGGCGCGGUUUUGGCCGCGACGAAACCAGAAAUCGCGGCUGAAAUUGGAUCGCAGUGUCGAUGCGGUUGUCGCGUUAGAUUAGAGGAACAGCUUUCUAGGAAAAUACUCGGUGCGAAUACACAGUCGUGUCCUGGACGAUCUUUUUGGCUGCUACAGGCGCACGAGAAUUUCGUAAUUGGGUUACAUUUGGAUCAGUUACAAUUUCCCUGCCCGGGACAAUAUUUUCGUGUACGGGAUGGUAAUUCGUUGAACGCGGAUCUAUUGACCGACGUCGCCUCGGAUAAAAUGCAGUUCACCGCGAGAACGUUAAUCAGCUCGGGGGAGAAUUUACUGCUGGAGUUUUUUAGCGACGAGCUCACGGCAUCCGGAGACGCUUGCAUCGGCGGUUUCCUUGCGCAUGCGGCUGUUCUAGACAAAAAGUAUUUAAAAAGGAAUGGAAGUAUAACCGUUGUGCCUUUAGAAGUAGACUCAGCGAAUAUCGAAAAGGAAUGGUUCUUUUGGAAACCGGCACACUUGGUGACCGCUUUGCUUUUAGUACUCAUGUUCGUGGUUUCGAUUUUUCUGACGCUGCAGUUCGUUAUAAAAUACAGAAAGUACCGUAUCGCCGAAGAUAUGGACUCGUUCAGCGAUGUUUCCGAGUUAAUGCCUGGGAGAUCGAAAUUUUUGUCUACAAGCACCAUUAUAUCCGACGUGAUAUCGAUGAUCGAAGCAACCGUGAAAGAUUCACCGAAAGAAGCUUUGUGCGACACGGAGGAACAUUAUAACAGCACCGAAACGUUAACCGGGUACCAAGAUGGUUCGACAAUGAGUUCCAGCACAUUGAAGUUGAACAACACAAUGGAAAGUUCUUCAGAUAAGACAAUAACAUCGAUCAAAUCAAACUGUGAUAAAUUAUUAUCAGCGUCCAGUAUCCUCGUUUUGAAUAAGCCCGAAGUAAAAUAUGCCUACCCUAUAAAAUUGCGAACGAUAGAUCUCGAAAAUUCAGAACCGAACGCAUUGAAGCUGGAAGAUGAAAAACCACAAAACAAUAGAAGUAACUUGAAUAUAAGUCAGAGCAACGAAACUAGUUGUUCCGACGAAAAGCCACAAUCUUCUCCCGAAAGUGUGCUGUCCAGCCCAUCGACACUAGGAAGCGGAAAGGAAACGAAAGAAAGAAGAAAUCGCGAGAAACUUCUGCAAGGUCCUGGAUCGGAGUUCAGUUUGGCGAAUCCUGAUUCGGAAUUGGAAUUAGAUUACUACGAUUAUAAUGUGGCGAACGCCAGCGCUGUUCCUGGAUCCUAUCUGGGGAUGGAUCCCGCCUUCCUAGUAUGGAUCCCGCCAAUCGAUGAAUUUAAACUCGACGGGGAUGAUCUCUUUUUAGGAAGCAAAAGAAAUUCUAUUUUGACCCUUGAAACCGAAGGUGCUGCGCUAACUCCAUCCGAAUACAGAAGGAUGAAGUUGUCUAGCUUUGAAGAUUUUGGAUUUGAAUUUGAACAAGGAACAUACGAAAAGUUACUUCCUGUUCGAAAGAUUCUCGAGGAUUCGAGCAUUAAAGUAAGCAUGGAAUCCGUGUCUGGCGUUCUUGAGCACAAACAAUACUGUGUCAUUCCAAACAGGAGGAUUCGCCUAGACAAAGACGAUGACCAAAGCGAAGAAUCAAUUUCUUCGAAAGGUUUCCCGGCAAGUCCCGUAAGCUUACGCGCUAACGUCGAAUCUUAUAAGAAUAAGUUCGCUACACCGAAGAAGAUCGUGCAGGAGGAUCUUUCAAAGACAAAAUACGCCUCCAAACAGAAAAAAAUGUUGAAAAACGAAGCGGAGGACCCGACGAACACAUCGUGCAAGUAUAAGGAAUUGGUGGACUGCGCGCAACCGUUCGCGAACAAGAAAGACACGGUAAAUAUUCCUAUGACAGAGCUGUCCGGCAGCCCAUUGUCGAACUUCGCGCACGUACGGAAAUUAAAUAACAAAGACGCCGACGUGUCUUUGAGCAUCGAAACGUUUUGCAUAAAUCAGGGAUCGUUUUGCGAUCAAAAUAUCAGAUUUGUCGACGAUGACGACGACGACUACAUUGAUUAA